CGAAUCACCACAACGGCCGCCAUCAACGCCGCACCCUAUAAACCCCAAUCCCCAAUCCUCAAUCCACCAUCUUCCCCCUUCCUUCCCCCAAUCCUCCCCGAUAAAAAACACAUUCAGACUCAGAGAGAUCCUACCACCGGGCAGGAAAGAGCGAUGAGGAGCGACGGCGACGUCAAGUCCUUCUUCCGGCAGCAGAAGGCCCGCUCCGGCGCGGCGGCGGCCGCCAAGCCCACCGGCGGCGUCUCCAAGAAGGCGGCGCUCCCCCACCAGAAGCGGGCGGCGGCGCUUCUCUUCCACCCUACACCUGAUCACGUCGACGGAGCGGACGCGAGGAGGGAGGACGAGGACAGGGAGAGGAAGGCCCGGGAGUUCGACAUGGACAUGCGCUACGGGCCCUGCCUCGGCCUCACCCGCGCCCAGCGCUGGCACCGCGCCGACGCGCUAGGCCUCGCCCCGCCGCCGCACGCGCUCUGCUCCGACGACCAGCCCUGCCUCUGGGAGGGCCGCGUCUAGGCUCGACAGCGGUGCCCUGCGGCGAGCGCACCCGUCGAAUCCUCUCGAUCUGAUGCUGCUUCUACCUGCCACUCCUCGUGGUACUGCCUGCUUCCUCCGUAGUGAACUAGUGAUGUGAUCUCUUCAGUCUUCGUGCUGCUCCUCGUGUGAUCUAUCUGUACGUCUGGAUCAGUGCUACUGCGUGCGUGCGAUGCGAUGCCGUGUGAUCCGAUUGGAUGUUAAGUUAAUCUAAGUUAGUGAGAUGCCGUGUCUUGUUGGUUUCA